AUGCAUUGGCAGGGCCUGUUCUUCCCUCAGGGCUUCAUGACCGGGGUGCUGCAGAUGCACGCACGCAAGUACGCCAUACCCAUCGACACACUCGGCUUCGGUUUUAAGGUCCAGGAGCAGCAACUGCGGGAAGAGGUGACGUCACCUCCCACCGACGGCGUCCACAUCAGCGGGCUCUGGCUGGAUGGCGCGCGGUGGGACGCGCAGGGGAGGUGCCUGGCAGAGGCUGAGCCGGGCGUGAUGCUGUCGCCGCUCCCCGUGGUGCACGUGCGUCCACAGCGCGAUGCAGCGACCCCUGAGGGCUGCUAUUUCUGCCCCCUCUACAAGACCAGCGCCAGGGCCGGGGUGCUGUCCACCACGGGCCAGAGCACAAACUUUGUGCUGUGCGUCGGCCUGCCCAUGCGGCCGGGGAGCGAUGCCGACCACUGGGUGCUGCAGGGAGUGGCACUGCUGUGCAUGCGGGACGACUGA